AUGAGUCGCCCACAAAGGAAAGGGAGGAGUGUCUCUCUUAUAAAGGAUAAGCCAAAACACAAAUUAGUACAUUUACAAAUUGAGUUUAAUGAGUUAGGUCAAACUAUCGGAAAUAACAGAUUUGAAUUCACCACCUAUUGUGGAGUCACUGUGAGAACUAGGAUUUCUAUCCUAAAACAGUGGAAUGAAGUGCCUCAACCUGAGAUUGAUGAGUUGUGGUUAAAUAUUAAGACUCACUGGAACAUACCAAAUGAUGAUUACAAAGCUCAGGUACUUAAAGUUUGCAAUCAACAAUGGAGGAGCUACAAGUCCAAGCUUGUCAAGUUCAUGGACAAACACAUUGACCCGUUAGAAAAAUACCCCUACUUAGACAAAGACAUGUGGAAUGAUUUUGUAAAGCAAAAGUCCAAGCCCGAAUUUAAGGAAAUAAGAGUGAAAGCAACAGCAAGUGUGAUGAUGAACAAGAACCCGCCCCGUUUAGGCCCACAAGGGUAUCGUGGCAUGCGACCUCGAUGGGAGCAAGAGAUCGAGUCUGGUGUAUUGACAAAAGCCCACCAGAUAUCAAGCGAACGAGCAAGGGAUUAUAUAUUUGCUCGGUUAAAACGCGAUUCCUCAGGGGCAUUGGUUGUAACACCUGAUAUGGAGCCCUUAGUGGAUAAUAUUGUAGAGAAAGAAAAGCAAGUAUCUCAAGGAGACUUGGAGAUUAGACCAGGAUCCGAUCUAUUGGUUAAGGUUUUAGGACCAGAGCAUCCUGGUCGUAUAAGGGCAAUCGGGUACAAUGUUGGAUUGAAGCAAUCUAUACUAGGGAUUAAAGAGAAAAAUAGGAAAAAACAUGAGAUACUAGAUUUGAAAGAGAUGAAGGCUAAGCAAGAGGAACAUGCCAAAUCGAUUGCUGACAUGGAAGAUAAGAUCGCUUCAUUACGACGUGAGAUUGCUAAGAAUAAUGAUGGCACUGUUACAAGCCCAAGCCCGGUGGUGAACAAAACUAGUCUUGAAUCGACACCAGCGGUAGAUGCAUUAGAUAAAAUAUCAGUUCCUACAGAGUGUGAAUUGUUGCUACCUUACGGCAUGGUGCAAAGAAGAUGUGCCAAGGGACGCGUCCACCCAUUUGGAAAUGGGAUAGUACAUUCAACACCUUUACAAAAAGAUCAUGUGAAGGUAUCAGUAGAUAUAAUCUAUGGUGACUAUCAUUCUCUCCAUAUUCCUGUACCGACCAGUGAUGCUGAUAACCUAGGGGAAGCACUUUAUAGUUUUAUUCAGUGGCCAAGACAUGCGAUUCUUCUUACUAAGACCUCCCACUCGUCUCCAUCGGUGGAAAAAGAUGCAAGUCCUCCCACUAAAAAAGUUGCCUCUGUUAUGGAUAACCAGGUCCAACAAUACCAAAAAAAGCAAGCAGCCAAGCGGUUGCCAACAAUUGCAAAGAGGGCAACACAAAAUUUUGUGACACCAAAGAAACUACAAGGCAGACCGGUCAUUCAAUCAUGGUAUAAUACUUUUACAAGCAACAAAUUUGUUGAAGAUUUUCAUGUUGAGUCAGAACCUGGUAUGUUUGGGCCGGGGAGGAUUGAAACAUACAUUAGGCAUGAUGUGAUUUUGGAGAUGUUGAAUAGUGAAGAGAUUGACAUCACUUGUAUACUUUGGUAUCAAAUAGUGCUACAUUCCAUUCUUGCAACAAGUGGGGUUAACAGUCGACAUUGGUUGCUGCUUGUGAUUUGCCCUUAUCAACGCACUGGUUACAUUUUGGAUUCCAUCAAGAAGUCAGGAAAUCCGACUGAUUCCUACAAAGUCAUAAAGCAUGUCGAAAAGGCGGUUGAAAUGUUUAAUGAAGAUUUUGAAACAUCACAUCCAAUGACAUGGACAAUUGCUGAUUGCAACCAACAAUUGUCUAAUUGGGAAUGUGGCUAUUAUGUGUUGAAAUGGAUGCGUGAAUUUGUCAUGUAUCGGCAAUAUGCAUUCCCGAAUAACCUUUGGAAUGAUCUAAACCCCAUUACAGAAAAGUUGUUGGAUGAUGUGGUUAAUGCGUGGAUGACUACUUUUCAAAGUAAAUAUAUGAAAUGA